GUCAUUUUAAAGAGCAAAGAUAGACGAGGACGGUUAUUUUAUUCUGCCUUUUAAUUUUUAAUCACCUUUUAAUUGUCUUCUAAAAUAAAAACUUGUUUAAAUAAUUUUAAAAAUGUGCGACUUAGUUUCCUUUCUAGUUGCAAGAGAUCCCAGCAUAUUAGCGUACAAUAGAGGACAAUUACCUAAAAUUAAGAUACAAUUUGAUUCCCUAAUGGAGAGUGAUGAUAAUUCUUCAGCUAGCAGUAGUAGCAGUGAAAAUAAAGAAAAUCAAAAAGAGGAGGAUAAUAAAUUUCUUAAAGUAUAUUUGAGAAUAAAAGGUGACAGUGAAGAAUAUAAAGAUAUAUAUGAAGUGAACAAAAACAGCUUGACAUGUAAAAAAUCGGAUAUUAUAAAAAAGAAUUAUACAUUUUCAAAAAUAUUUGGGCCUGAAGUUAAUCAGACAGAAAUUUUCAACUAUACUGCCAAAUCUAAAUUACUUUCCUUUAUUAAUGGCAAAAAUUCUUCUUUAUUAACUUAUGGAGCUUCUGGUUCAGGCAAAACAUAUACAAUCGUUGGAACACCAGAGGAACCUGGUUUAAUACCUAGAUCUUUAGAAUAUAUAUUUGGAUCCAUUACUGUUGAGCAAAAGACACCUCAAAUAACUCCGUUACCUGAUGGUUUUGUUAAAGAAAUUGAUCCUCAAAUGUUGUUUAAAUUGGAAUCUAAAAAGGCUUUCAUUAUUAAGGCUAUCCACAUUGAUCAAGCAGCUCAUAUAAAAACAUAUAAACAAAUGCAAGCCAGAUUAAGUUCAGAACCAAUAGCAGAAGUUGAAUACAAGGCAAAUGCUUCAGUGAGUGUCUGGGUAUGUUUCUCUGAAAUAUACAACGAAACACUAUAUGAUUUACUAGUGCCUCAUGUUUCCAAAGGAAUCGCUCGUCCAAAACUUGAACUGGGAAAAACAAGAGACGAUAAUACGUAUAUUAAAAAUCUUACCAUUCUUAAUGUUUCUAACGGUUUGGAAGCUUAUCAGAUUUUACAGUAUGGAUUGCAAAAUCUCAAUUAUGCAGCAACAGCAAUAAACUCGCACUCGAGUAGGUCGCACUGCAUCUUCACUAUAAAAUUAGUGCAGUCGUCAAAGAAUAGUGAUGAAGUGUUCAUCAGUAAUUUUAGUUUUUGUGAUUUGGCUGGUUCCGAAAGAUUAAAAAAGACUUUAAAUUUAGGGGACCGCCUUAAGGAAUCCAAUAAGAUCAAUACAUCAUUACUAGUUUUAGGAAGGUGCAUGGAAAACAUAAAAAAAUGUCAGCAAAUAAAAGAUAGAAGGUUGAUACCAUUCAGGGAAUCAAAAUUAACUCAACUUUUUCAAAAAGCCUUGAUGGGCUUUGAAAGAUUAGAAAUGAUCGUUAACAUAAAUCCAUCUAGAAAUAUGUAUGACGAAACUAUUCAUGUGUUGAAUUUUUCUGCUAUAGCCAAACAAAUCAUAAUUGAAGAACAAUUACCAAAAGUUGCAAGAAAAAGGACCAGGUUUUCUUUGCUUUUGGAGAAUAAAGAGAAAGACCAACGUGGAAACAAUUGUCUUAAAGUGAACAAUGUAGAAUCAACAUUGUUUCCUAAAGAGAAACAAAGAAAAAAAUCUUACAACUCUUUGAACGAAGAAUAUCAUCAACUUUUAUUAGAGAAAGACAGUCUAAUAGAAUACUAUGAAGAACAAAUAGAUUUAGAAAAAGAUCGUGUUAUCGAAAUUUACAAAGACUUACUUGAUAAGCGUCAGAAGAGGCAUAAUGAUGAAUUAAUGAGGUUGAAAGAAGAAUAUGAACGAAAAUGUGCCAAUGUAAUCAGUAUCAGUAGUGAUGAAAGCGAUUCAGAAGAAGAAGAAGACGCUGAUGAGUGGGAGGAAAAUAAGAAGAAUUUCAAAAGUUAUUCUCGAAAAGAAUUGAUAAAACACAUCAUGACACUUGAAGAAACUUUAAAAGAGGCAACAGAAGAAGGUUUAUAUUUACGAAGUGAAAUAGAAAGAUACCGUGAAAUUUAUAGAAAUUCUGUAAUGCAGUAUGCAAAGGAGGUAGAAGGAUGUGAAAAUGUUGUAUUUAGUCAAUAAGGUUUGUAUAUUUUUUAAUUUGUGAUAUAAGACUGAGCUGAGAUUUAAAAUGAUCUAAAUGAAUACAAUUCGACAUGCAAUCUACAAUCUUCAGAACAUGUGGGCUUCUUGUGGCCGCAUCAGCCUAGAAAGUAGCCAGCUUUCCAAAGCAUAGAAGUUAUUUUUUUUAUAAUAUAAUAGAAUAUAAUUUAUGAAAAUAUGUAUGAUUUUAAAAUGUUUGUACUUUUGUACCAUUGAACUCUCGUGAUUGUAACAGUUGUGAGUAUGUCACUUACCAAGCAAAAAAUAGUAUAAUGCUACAUUUCAAGUUUAGUAUAGGAAAAAUUAAAUUAAAAAUUCUACUACUUAUUUGAAAAUUAUUUAUUUGUUAAUGGGUAGAGCAAAAUCGCUACUUGAAAGGUACCUCUACAGAUCUUCCACUUAAUAUACAUGACAUAUAGAGAUAGAAAUAUGAUUGUGAAUUAUUAUUCGUUCAAUCUGUACCCUCUUCUCUACCUACAAAAGUGUCUCUUUCAAAUAGCUAAUUAGCUCUAAUAUCAACUUAGGUAAUAUUAUAAAGUAAAACUAUAGAGUAUAAAACUGUAGUAAAUCUAGAUUAACAUUCUACUUUUUCAAAAUUUUCUGCCCUAUAAUAAACAAGACAUGCAUGGAAAAAAUAUUUGGGACGUCCGGCAAAUUACACUUUCGAGUUUUUUUAAAUAUUAACUGUUAUGUUAAUUUACUUAUCCGAAAGCAAAAAAUUAUCAAACUUUUUGCAAGUGACAUGCUAUCAACUAGUUCUCUCACAUCUUGUAUAUGUGUAUAUAUUUUUUAAAGUAUUGUUAUUGUUAUUUUAUAUUUUUCUUGAACUUUGUAAUAGUCACAUUUAAUUAAAUAUGUAAAAAAUAAUCUA